UGUUUUGCUUUGCAUUCGAGUUUUGUCGAUACUGUACAUAGUUAGAAGGCAUAUACUCGAUUAUUGAAUUCCUGGCAUUGUCCCUACCACAGGUAUGUUACUACAUCAUCAAGGAAACCAUUCCAAAUAACCGUCCUCUACAAAGAGACGUGGUCCACUCGCUGCACUGGCUUCCAUGAAACAACGCGGAUACGUGGAGAGACAAGACAAACAUGAAAAUGGCGGGCCUCACCAGGUCCUGUGGUCCCCCCCCAGAUGGGGAUUUAGUUAAUGCCCAUCAUGCUCGGGAUCGGUUCUCGUGGGCGAACCGGAACAAUCCUGAUGCCAGACUCCCGAGAGACUAUUCCACCCAGACGGUGGAGGCAUCCACCUCAGAAGGAGCAAACUCAUCCGAUGGCAGGCGCGACGACGAAUCAAAAGCCACGACUCCCACGAACAAACGUGUAAACUGGGAACAUCCGUAUCUCGGUCCAGACGGUGUCACGUACAUGCCCUCGAUCAGUGACGCGUCCAACCCCAGAGCCACGAUGAUCGUCAGUCAUAGUGCUGCUCAUCCUUCCUACGGUCCAGAUCCGCUGCUGCUCAAGCCAGAAGACAUCGGAUUCCUAAAGCAAGCUGUCACGUCGUUAUAUGCGGACCAAAUUAGGCCGUAUCAGAGUGAGGUGGUGAGACGCCUCAAGCUCUUGGAACCGAGCACCCUGGUCACGAAGAAUGCCUUACACUUCUUCCGCAUUCUUACAGAUACUUUCAUUGUGGAAAAGACAAAUCAUUCGCGCAUGGUUGUGUACCUCAAGGAAAAGCCAGCGUGGUUCGAGGGAUGGAUCGAUCCAAAAAGUGAAGAGGACCCUUAUCCGCAGCCUGUUUGGAGAGAGCUUGAGCAGUAUCUGACCGUUCUCUCCCUGGUUGCGACCAUUCUGCAUGAACUGAACGACCCUAAAAUUGUGUUACCUCCAUAUUCUAGCGAGGAAACCUCCAACGUGGAUGACUCCAGUCAUUGCGAAAAUCUUCCGACUUCGUCUUUAGCCAUGGUGCCUUUCACGGCAAAUUUGUUCCGGAAGCUCCGUAAAUUGUUGCGACAGGCCAGGCAACAGGAUCAAGGCCAGUGCUUCGUGGCCGCGUCUGACGGUGCUACGAAGCUGUCCACAGAGGCUCUCGAAGAGCAGACACGACCCUUACCUCUGGCCAUAGGUAGUCGCAGUGCAUAUCUCGAGAAAGCAUGUCAACAAGCACGCCUCACAAGGCCUCCUCUGUCUGCCGAAUCUGAUAUGCAAGCUGGUUCUCCAACGCGGACGCCUGACGCUACUCCCACCCAUUCCCCUGCGGAGGGUUUCUGCAGUUCCCCACCUUCCUCCCCGUUGUCCCAGAAGCAGCAGGAUGUAGAGUUGGCGCCUCCAGUCACCGCAAUAUUUUCUUCGUCGCCGAAAUUCUUCUUAACUUUGGCAGUCGCUGCCGACGAAACUGUCCGGUUUGUCACAGGCUCUGAGUCACUAUCGUACUCACCAUAUUCUGAUAUGCUUCCUUCCGUUGGUGGUAAACGUAACCCUCUCAAUGAUAUGUUGGUCAAUCACGAGGCCCGCCAGGAAGAGGUUUGCUCACAAGUCGAAGAGAGUCGGAGUUCCACACUCGACAAGGAACCAGCUGGACCCUCGGAAAGUCAAAUCAAGCCCAAACUACCCCUUUUAACCGAUCGUCAGGUCAGACAGGAACAAGGAAUUAGUGUCCUAAUCCAGAGUGUCUUGUUGGAGGCGUGCCAUUCUUGGACACAGACGGACGAAGUCGAAUCUGCAUGUCAGCAUCACGGAGACGCGAACCGAAGCAGUACAAGCAGCUUUCAUCGUGAAAAAGAGAACGAAUACGAAUCACUGGAAGCCGGCAAACAGAAAGUGGAAGCAAAACGCGUUGCAACUGUACCGAAACAUGAAGACACUGAAUCUGAAAGGAAUGCAGCUCCAACAAUCCAGCGGAUGAAACCGAAGCCAGCGCAGACACCGUCAACGGCGCCUGUGGUUUCGACUUUUCCUGUUGGCACUGAGAAGUCAGAAACCUGGAGAAUCGAAGUGACUCAAACGUCGACAGAUGCCACACUGGAAGGAGGGUCAAAAGAGCACUUUGAUGAGCACCUCUCAAGGCCAUUUGAAUCUCUUAAUGUCCACCACGUUGACCGGGCCGGUCAACGCCAUACAGUAGGGAUGCGUUCGGGCUGCGGAGAGCUUGAACGGGCACCAACUUCUCUCAGUUCCCCCUGUUCUACGCCUGCCUCCCCCAUGAGCAAAACUCCCGUGGCGGGACUGCGGAGCGUCGCUGCACCUCAACCCAACUGCCGGGACCUUUCCAGUGCAACCGCUGCUGCUCUUCCACUAGCACGCGCUGUUGCCCUCCGCGUUCGAGCAGCCCUUGCUAAGGGCAUCACGCCAGACCACUUCGGAGGGGGUCGCUACGGAUGUGCUCUGUCACUAAAACGGCAUGGACCUGUCAGUGUCAGGUCAUUCACUCUCGGCUGCCUCUGCCACUUAGUUCAGCUUUCUGUUAGCCGUUCCUUCCUUCACUACGUUGGAGGUCUUCUUCAGCCCUGCGGUUCUGGUUUCUCACCAACUUCCCUUCACCCCCGUCCAAAUGGAGAGUCUCUUGCGCAGCACGCCACAGUGGCAGCCAUUGCCGCUGCAGCCCUUGCCUACCUGGAGCUGCUGCUCCAAGGAGAAGUUCCGCAGGGAAUCGAAGGAUUAGAGGGUGGAGAGGAAAGCGAUCUUGCAGGCUCGACUCUGCCACCGUAUUUGCGCCUCGGAGAGGAGAUUCACGGAAAUCAGCCACCAUUCAAUCACGGACAUGCAUGGGCCAAGGAUGAUUCAGCUGAAUCCCAAACCCGCUCGGCGCGAACCAAAGGACUCACCAAAAUAAAGACAAUGGCUGAGCUCCGGCGUCUGAUAACCAACGUGCUUGCGUGCAACCAGCGCGCUGUCUUACUUUCUCAACUACGUGGCAAACUGGUCGACAUGUAUGGUGCCACCCUAACGCCGUCGACAUUCCACUACUACAAGCUGUCAGACCUUUUACUUUGCGAGCUGGGCGACAUCUGUUCCAUCUGGUGUCACGGCGAUCGCCAACUCGUUGUUCAUGAUGCAGCGUAUCAGCCAGAUCCUUCAUCGUGUUCCCCGGGACAGCGUCCGACAAAAAUAACCGCGUUCUCGUUAAGUCGUCCACCCUCGCUGCCAUCAGGGUUGCAUCAUAACGCAAGUUCUCCUCACCGACAACAACUCUACCAGGGUCGGGAACGAGGACUCGGCGGCUUAGGUGAUCAACGCUUUAAAUUGUGCAGUUCCCACCCUGCAUUGCCGUCAUUGGUGUCGGUAUCCUCUGGCACGCAACAAGACGGCAGCACGAUUUCCGAGGUGAACGAAGCACUGAGAAGAUUGAGAGAGACACGACAGCAAAGCCGUGGCGACAUGGGGCGCAGGUUGAGCCCGGGUGACCGUCGGCAUCCUUUUCCUGAUAGGUAUUCUGCACAAGGGCGGCACGUAUACAGUGGAGAGAGCCCCAGUCGACUGGAUGUUCCCACGCUACCACGACUUUCUCUCCCACGCCCAAGGCUUCAGUAUGACAACCAGGUGCGCGAGGACAUGCCAACUGCAAGUCUUGCUUCCGAUGCCCCGAAAUACGAAGAGGCACUAGCAGGUGAUCUUCUCCAUAUGCAGCUGCUUCAGCUGCAACAGCAGCACUUGGGGCCUGACAUGAACGAGCACGAGCCAGCUCAGCCGCUGUCGGUGUUAUCCCGGUCUUCCCGCUUUCUGAGUCCCUCCUCUCCUUGCCUAUUUCCUCCUCACCUUCCGAAGCAAGUGCCGGAGAAGGGGGCGUCGGCUUCAGCAGGUUUCCUUUCGUCGUAUGCGUCGACGCAAAAUCGUGACUGUGCAGGUUCAGAUCGUAUCUUCGUACCAGACGGGAAUUCCGGGACAGUGCAGGAGUUGCCCGGCCACAGCGUCACGACUGAUCACGAAUCCCCUGCAACGCAGUCUCUGCUCUCUGCUUCCUUACUUCUACUCGAUGGGCUGGCAGGGCUGAUGCGUGAGGCCUCGAGCGAGCUUGAAGAUAAUGGGGCAAAGUUCGACAUCCCAGACACCAGGGUGCGGGCCGAAGUGACAGCAAGCUUGCCGCAGCUGCAUGCGCGGUGUCACGAGCUUGAGAGUCCGACGAGGCACGUCCAGUCACGGAGCUACACGGCGCUUCCUCUUUCCCCAAGUCUGAGACCAAUAGUUGCUCCACCAGAGAACAUUCAGUGUCGCUGGAAUUCCAAUCUGUCCAAUGAUUUCGACGGCAGUGUCGGGCGCGCUGCGAGCCAACCGGCAUUGUGGAGCCAGUAUGACUUCGAUAGGAGUGACAUCCUUCUGCCUGCACUGGGAGCUGAAGAGGACGCUAAAUGUAGGUUCGCAAACGAGAGCCCGUCGCGCACGUUGCGAAGUUCAGGUGGCGCUGAUCCAAGUAUGCCUUGGUCUGCAUCAUAUCCUCCUGAGGACUCUGAUGUGGAUCAGUUCGACUUCAACGCAACGAAGACAUCUUACUGUCUCCAUUUGCCUCCCCGACGACCCGGCGAUGAGCUUGCUACUAGUAACGUGCAGCAGCACUUUGCGUAGCUCUGUCAGCGCGGCUCCAUUUUUGGUGAAUUAAGAAUGCAAGUACAGAGCGCCUGGACGUGAAGGCUUGCAUACUAACGUGUUGAUAUCGGUCGCACUCUGACGAUUGCAUUUGCCGUUACAUGUCGGACGCCAGGUGGUGGCACACACGUCUCCGCGAAGAGGACUAUGGACAUACUCACCACAGGAGGGUAUCGUCGACUUUAGGGGGACCGCGGACUCGUGGGUGAAGACACUCCGGAGUUGUGUUGUGCGAAUGUUCUUAUUCCAUUUCGCAUACCCGCUGUACCCCUCGGGCAAAUGACUGAAACCGAAAACGAAGAAUUCUGACCUGUUUCAAAACGCCGAUAGGCUCUUGUGCAGGCCACGCUUUUUGUUUCUGGGUCCAGCGUCUACAACCGGAUCUCGGGUGGUGUAUGGGAAAGUAGACGACUCACUGCAUGAGCCGUUUCUUCUUGCGAUGUUGUGCGGAAAGGUCAGUAAUAGCGGAUCUCUGAUGCUUCCCAGAGUGUAAUGCACCUAAACCAAAAC